UCGAACGACACCGGGAUCUCUUGUUCAGUAGAUCACCAGCCUUUCUCCGACGUUUAUUACGAAUUAUUCGGUGACUCGGUGACAACUACAACUUUUGUGUGUGGAGUGCGAAAUAAUUUCUGAUUUAGUCUCACACCUACAAAAUUUUUGUUACUGGAGGAUAACAACUGCAUUGCAGGGAAAUCGAAAUUUUUCCACACAACAACAACCAGACACAAAACGCGGGGGCGCGAACGAAGUGUUCACCUGAGUGAAAAACUUAAAAUAAAUAAUAAUUUUCAUUAUUCAUUAAUUAAUUUUAUAAAUUAAAUUUACAACAAAAAAAAAACACAAAAAAAGUAAAAUGUCCUCGUCGCAAGCAGUACGCUCAUCGAAAUACUCGUAUAGGGCCACCUCAACUGGACCGAGUGGAGCUGAUAUCUCCAUUGAAUACAGCUCUGAUUUGGCCGCCCUCUCCCGUUUGGAGGAUAAAAUCCGUUUGCUCCAAGAUGAUCUUGAAGCCGAACGUGAAUUGCGCCAAAGGCUAACCGAAUGUGUAAAUAAUGUAAUUAUUUUAACAUUUAUGAGCUUUGGCAUUAUGCCAUUGCAUUUUCAUGUGGGUGUUGUGGACAGUGAAGUUGAAGUGCUCAUUAUCGACUUGGAGAAAUCUAAUAACACUUGCCGCGAAUUGACCAAAUCGGUCAACACACUGGAGAAGCACAAUAUUGAAUUGAAGAGCCGUCUCGAUGAAACGAUCGUCUUGUACGAGAAUAGCCAACGUGACCUGAAGAACAAGCAUGCCGAUUUGCAGCGCACCAUUCAUGAAUUGGACAAAGUCAAGGAUGCUAACAACCAAUUGGCACGUGAGAACAAGAAAUUAGGAGAUGAUCUCCAUGAAGCCAAGGCUACAAUCAAUGAGUACAGCCGCCGUUUGCAUGAAUUGGAAUUGGAGUUGCGCCGCUUGGAGAACGAGCGCGAUGAAUUGACUGCUGCCUACAAGGAAGCUGAGGCUGGUCGCAAGGCUGAGGAGCAACGCGCUCAACGCUUGUCAUCUGAGUUCAACCAAUACCGCCACGAUACCGAACGCCGCCUAGCUGAGAAAGAUGAAGAGAUUGAGGCUAUUCGAUGUGAGAUCGUUCUGUUUGCGGAAAUUAUAAAGUCCUAUCUUGAAGAAACUAGUUCGGGCCGACAAUGUGGCUACAGACCUGCGCGGAUAUAG